AUGGAGAAGAUUUCUGAACACGCCAUGCAUCCAAACCAAAUUCGGUUCUCCUUUGCUCACAUGGAUUUCUCGAAUGGGUUUGUGCUGCUCACAGGAAAUUUCCGAGGAAAGCCAAAGCGCAAGGGCAAAAAUGGUAUCUUGUCCCAGGUGGAGCCUAAUAUUUUUGUAAAGGCCAUUAUCAUUCGAAAGAAAUCAUCUUCCUCCACUUCAUAUGUAUCACUCUGCGAUGAUUUGAUUGAUCUUGAGCUUCCCAUUGCUGUUCAGAUGUGGCAACAAGUAGGUGGCAUAUGCAUAGUGGAAUCCCUGAGCAGCACGGAAAACCUAUGCUUUCUGGCGUCAGAACCAGAGGGAAAUAUUGUAUUGUUGGAGUAUCGUUUCCGGGUCUGUUCGGAAGAUUCCAGGUGUGUGAUAUCGCAGACGGCAAAGAGGGCGAAACAUGAGGAGACUCUUGAGAAUGAUUCGUCAAAACCCAUGGAAAUGGAGCAAAUUGCAUGCCAUGUAUUACCACCUGCCCAUGGAUUUGGGAAACUGAAACACCUUGCGGCCAAUAGACAAGUGAACUCCUUGGCAUGCGGGAUGUUUGACAAUGCGAAGGCAGAAUCAUACAAAGCAGUCAAUACCAAGGCAGUAUCAAUGUCAUGUGAUGGCAUUUACACUGCAAUAGCUUGCACGAAUGGCGUGAUUGGGCUUUGGAAUGGACAGAAUGCAUCUAUGGUGGCGCUAUUUGGCCUGCAUGAGAAGAAUUCUCCCAUCUCCUCGCUGGCAUUUUCGGAGAAGGCUUCUUGCCUGCUUGUAGCUCGACAAGAUGGCUCGGUUGACAUGUGGAAGUAA